AUGAUUGGGAGCAAUUGGGACUAUUUUUAUGUCCCGUCCACUGGGCUUUCUGGUGGAAUUAUACUACUAUGGAAUUCUGAUACAACUUUGUUCAAGGUGGAAGAUUCAUCUUCUCAGAUGGUGAUCAGAGAUUUGAAAGUUAUUAAUAAUGAGAAGUGGAAGGUAGCUACAAUCUACGGGAGUAUGGAAGUGCAAAAGAGAAUGGAAUUGUGGAAUAUGCUAGGUAAGUAUUCCAAUAGUGAUCUUCCAAUGGCCAUUGGUGGAUAUUUCAAUUUCUUAUUGAGAAAGGAAGACAAAUUGGGAGGAAGAAGAUUCAUCUAUUCUCAAGGAUCAAGGGAAAUGGAGGAAUGCUUGCUCAAUAAUGAUUUACAUGAAAUUGGGUACAUUGGUCCUAAAUUCACUUGGUGCAAUAAUAAAGUUGGAAGUGCUAGGAUCCUUGAAAGAUUGGAUAGGUGUUUUGUUAACACUAUUGCAUUGAGUUCUCCAAUUCAAUUGAUAGAAAGGCACUUGGCUAGAAUAGCCUCGGACCAUUGUCCAGUCCUGUUACAAUUCAAAAACUUCAAUACUAAUCCUAGAAAGUUGAUCAAAUAUGAAAAUUAUUGGGUUUUUUAUCAAGCUUCAUAUGGGAUAGUAAGGAAGGAAUGGGACAAGAAUUAUCAAGGUAGCUUCUCUCAAGUUCUCAACAAAAAAUUUAAAAGGUCUCUAAAAUCACUCUUCUUUUGGAGCAAGGCAAAACACAAAGAGUUGAAUAGUUUGAAAGAUGUCCUCAUCCAGGAAAUCACGGAUAUGCAAGGAAAAGAGACUUCUUUAGGGAGUCUAUCGGAGCAAGAACAAUGGAACCUCAAAGCUAAAGUAAUGGAACUUAAUGCUACUAUGACAAGGCUUAAUAUGUGGUUGAAGCAAAGGGCCAAAGUCAAAUGGUUAAGUGAAGGGGAUGGAAAUUCUAAGUUCUUCUAUUCUUAUGCAAGUGCAAGAAGGAAUGCUAACAAAAUUAUCAAGGUCAAAGCUGAAGAUGGAAUGAUAGUAGAAGAUCAAAGCCAAAUGGAGGAUGCCUUUAUACGCUAUGGAGAGCUUGAUAAGGAUUGGAAAGAAACAUUUAUUGUUUUAAUUCCAAAGGUUGCUAAUCCCAUCCUUCCUUCUAACUAUAGACCUAUAAGUCUAUGCAACACGGUUUACAAAGUGGUGGCAAGGUUAAUUUUUAUUAGAGUAAACUUGGUCAUUCCAAAACUCAUUACUAUGGAGCAAGUAGCAUUCAUCAAGGGGAGAUCUCUAUCCGAUCAUAUCUUAGUGGCACAAGAAGCUUUUCAUAAGAUUCGGGUUUCUAAAGCAUCCAAAGGCCUUGUCUCAUUCAAAGUUAAUAUGGAGCAAGCUUAUGAUUCCAUGGCUUGGUCUUCUCUAAAGAAGGCAUUGGAGUACUUCAACUUUCCUCUCAUAAAUUCUAAAUUAAUCUUGGAGUGUGUAGAAGAUCCCAAAUUCUCUAUCAUCAUUAAUGGCAAUUACACAAAUUGGAUUUUUGCUAGAAGCAGUUUUCGGCAAGGAUGUCCAUUAUCCCCCAUCCUUUUUAUUCUAUGCUCACAACGUCUAUCCAAUGCUUUUCAUCAAAGCUCAUGUGGUAUCAAGGUAAAUUCAGAAGGUCCUAGAAUUUCUCAUUUGUUAUAUGCUGAUGAUGUGGUCAUGUUUUCUAAAGCUAAUAGGAAAGAAGUGUUGGAAGUGAAGCAAAUCCUUCACAAUUUUUGUGAAUGGACAGGACAAAAAAUUAAUUACAAAAAACUCAUGUGUUUAUUUGGGAAACAUGUGAAGAGAAGAUAUAGAAGAAGGAUCUCUACUAUCAUGGGAUUUAAACAAGUGAAGGAGUUCAAUUAUCUCAGGUUGAAGAUGGCUUUAAGAAGAAUUAGAAGGGAUGAUUUCCAAUUUAUCAUUGACAAUGCCAUCAGUAAACUUAAUCAAUGGGGGAGCAAAAGCUUAUCUCUUCCUGGGAAGAUUAUUUUGGUAAUUUUAUUUGCUCUUCCUUCUUAUCAUGCUACUCAUUCUUUAAUGCCCAAAAUGCUGUUGGAAGAACUUGAUAGAAUCUGUAAAAAUUUUAUCUAG